UAAUUUCUGAGCUUAUACCUGACGCUCAACUGUCUCCAGUGAUGUGAUGACCCUGAAAUCUCCGAAAUUCCAUUUGGCUCCUCCCAUGGCUGCGUUCUCCUCCAUUUCCCCUUCCUCCUGGCCAAACCCUAACCCUAAUCCCAACCCGACCUCCAAUUUUCUCUCUCAGCACGACCGCCCAGACCGCUUCCAGGUCGCCGACGACGCCUCUCCGAUGCUUCUGUCGCCCAGCGCCGAACCGCAGGGGUACGAGGCGGACGGAGACGAAGAGGAUGAGGCUUCAUCUGUCUCCACCAAUUCGCUUUCCAAUCCGAAUCCUGAUACUGUACAAAACCCUAACCCCAACCCUAAUCCUGAUCCUAAUCCUACUCUCCAGGAUCGCGUGUUUUUGUCGUCUUCCCCCGUGCCGUCUUUGCUUCACAUCUCGUUCAAUCAGGACUAUGGGUGCUUCGCCACGGGUACGGACCACGGCUUCCGGAUCUAUAACUGCGACCCGUUUCGCGAGAUCUUCCGGCGAGACUUCGAUCACGGGGGCGGCAUAGGCGUGGUGGAAAUGCUGUUUCGGUGCAAUAUUUUGGCUUUGGUCGGGGGUGGACCCGACCCGCAGUACCCGCUCAACAAGGUCAUGAUCUGGGAUGACCAUCAGAGUCGGUGCAUCGGCGAAUUGUCGUUUCGGUCGGAGGUUCGUGCGGUUCGGCUUCGGCGGGACCGAAUUGUGGUGGUCUUGGAGCAGAAAAUAUUUGUGUACAAUUUUGCGGACCUGAAGCUACUUCAUCAGAUCGAGACGAUUGCGAACCCCAAGGGGCUUUGUGCGGUGUCGCAGGUGGCGGGAUCGAUGGUCCUGGUGUGUCCUGGACUGCAGAAAGGGCAGGUCAGGGUCGAGCAUUACGCGUCGAAGAGGACCAAGUUUAUCAUGGCCCAUGAUUCGAGGAUUGCAUGCUUUGCGCUCACACAGGACGGGCAGCUGCUUGCGACAGCGAGCACGAAGGGAACUCUGGUUAGGGUUUAUAAUGCUGUCGAUGGUACAUUGCUGCAAGAGGUAAGAAGGGGUGCAGAUAGAGCAGAGAUAUAUAGUCUGGCAUUUUCUCCAACUGCGCAGUGGCUAGCAGUCUCAAGUGACAAGGGCACCGUCCAUGUAUUUAACCUCAAAGUUAAUGCAGCAUCCCCAGGGAAUGACAACUUACGCACCACAUCUGAUCCCAAUCUAGCUGCUGCAUCUUCUGGUUCUUUCUCUUUCAUUAAGGGAGUAUUACCCAAAUAUUUUAAUUCUGAGUGGUCGGUGGCUCAAUUUCGAUUGCUGGAAGGUUCUCAAUACAUCGUAGCUUUCGGUCACCAAAAGAAUACUGUGGUUAUUCUUGGCAUAGAUGGAAGGUACGUGGAAAAUCCAAUACAAUUGUUUGUUGUAUCUGCAUUUUCCCGAGCAUGCAUAGAGACACCUGCUACCACAUGCAUCUUCUGUUUUGUUUGUCUUUUAAGAUGAAUAUGGUGCGUUGGAAACUUUGAAAGGAAAGAAUGGGUUAAUAUGGAACUCAGAGGUGCACUUUGCUCAUUGAUCACAACACCCACCAUACUUGCAAUUUCUAUUAUCAGUUUGAAAUGUGAUUAGGAGUGAAAAUAAAACUGUGCCAUCUUUUUUGGUCUUUAUUUUAAAUUGACAAUUUGAGAGAACAAGCUUGAGGUGUUUGUAAAAAGAUGGGUGAAUGUGUUGAAGAUGUUCUUGUCUUUCCUGCCUUUUGUUCUCCUGUUUGGAUGUGUAAUGAUAUUAUAGAACUUGAAUGCAGUUUCUACCGAUGUCAGUUUGACCCAGUAAAUGGUGGAGAGAUGACGCAGCUGGAGUAUCACAACUUCCUCAAGCCAGAAGAAGCCUUCUGAUGGAGAUCCAGGAUGUAUAUUAUUAUUUUUGUUUUUUUUUCCCCUUGUCAAUUCUUCUGCUGGAAGGUAAAUUGUGUUGUAAAUAUGAGUAUAGAUGGAUGAUAGUUGCAACUGGUUUACUGAUUUCACAAAUAUAAAAUAAAAAAGGUGGCUUGCUA